AUGGGUCUCGAACGGUGCUGCCAUGGACAACACGUCGCCAGACCCCUUACAAGGAUCCAGCGAAUUCGAGCGGCAAGCUUCCGAAAUGAGAGCCGGCUCGCAGCCUCAUAUGUCUUCUUUCAACGAUACGAGACAUCGACACGAAUCAACUUCCCAAACCAACUCGGAACAGCAGCUCACAGCGUCGCCCGUGCAUACGCUCGCAUUUUGGUCAACGAUUUCCUGAAUAAUCCAACGACCGACACUCAAGUACAGACUGGAGAGAGCCCAGCAGCUGCCAGUCCAGGCAAUGACUUCGAUCAUCCCAUGGUGACACCUCCAAAGAGCACAUCCGCUCGCUCAAAAGCUCGCUCAGCUCCAUCAGUUCGAACAGCACUCUCCGCCCUCCCUUCAGCCUUGGUGAGGAGCGCUUCCUCUUGCUCGAUACACUGUAUCACAUCUGCAUGGAAGCAACCAGUACCUACACUAACAGGCCCCCUCCUUCAAAUCGUCACAGACACAACCAACUCCCUCGUCAUAGUGGCCACAGCUCUCGUCACCACCCUUAUCCAGCCUACCGCGGUGGUCGAUUCCGAAGUGGAGCAGCCUAUUUCAGAAGAGAUACAUUGA